UCCCUGUUGCCGCCAGAGCUUGGCUGGGCAUGGAUUCUCCGCCUGAUGGAGUAGACAGUUCACAAGAGUGGAUUGACGUGUUAGGGAAUGGGUUGCUAAUAAAGAAGAUUCUAAAAUGUGGCGACGCGCAGCUCGACAGGCCGGGAAUUGGCGAGGAUGUGAAGAUCUGGGUGAAGAUAAUGCAGGAAAAUGGAGAGGUCAUACUGGGCCGACAGAAGAUGUCAUUCACUAUAAACAGCAGGGAUGUCAUUAAGGCCCUGGAGAUCUGCGUGCCCCUGAUGUGCAUACACGAAACAGCUCUGAUUCUCACUGACUCCACCUUCUGUUCUGGAAGAGCCUCCAGCAGUGAAGCGUCAGAAGUGAAACCAGGGAGCAGAGUCCUCCUCGAGGUCGAACUCUUGUCAGUCAGUAGAACUUGUCUGGAGGUUACACCGAAAGCGGAGCAGUUACAAAUGAUUGGGGAGAAGCGGCAGGAAGGCAACCAGUACUUCCAAAGGAAGAACUAUAAGAUGGCAAUCCUCUGCUACACCAGUGCUUUGGCAAUCAUAGAUACAAACACCAAAGAUAUCCUCAACCAUGAAGACAAGAAAAGUCUUCUUGAUGAAAAGGUGAAAUGCUACAGUAAUCUUGCAGCCUGCCACCUGAACACAGGACAGCUGGAGGAGGCUUUUACCUGCUGUGAUAUCGUCUUGCAGCACCAGCCUCAGCAUUGCAAAGCCUUGUUCAGGAAGGGCAAGGUACUUGAGCUACAAGAGCAGUAUUUUCUCUCAAUCAAAUUUCUCAGAAAAGCUUUGCAGGUGGAGCCUGCAAACCAGGAAAUUGAGAGGGCAAUGAAACUUGUAUUUGACAAGUGGGCAGCGAAAUCUGAAGGUACCAGCAACGCUAAAAUGGUGAAUGAAUGUUCACUGUUCUUGGCUGAUGAAAGCAAGGUUAAACCAGCAGAGAAUCAUUCAGAAAUGCCAGAAGAAUGCCAAAGGACUUAAGAGACGCUGACCUCUGAGGCUGAGUUAGGUUCAACCACUGAAGAAUACCUCUUAUCAUGUCCAUCAUCCGCUGCUCAUCAGAAUUCUAAUUCUUAUUCACAUUAUGGGUUCCAAUUAGUAUCUUUUGCUUCUAGUAUACAAAAAAGGAAAAUGAUGUUAAAAUUCUUAACAUAAUUUGUUGGAUACACUCCAACUUUCUUGCAGAUAUUGCAAUUCAUGUUCAACUGCAGAAUAUAUUUCAUUUAAUAUGAUGAAAAGGAUCAUAGAAGACUGAUUAAUCGUUACAAUACUUUGAA